UUGGCUCCUCGCCCUGUGACGCAGCGGAUGCUGCGGUUGAUUUCCGGCUUGGUCCCCGGUGGUGCCUUGGUAAAAUGGCAGAGGUCAGCCGGAGGCUGGGAAGCGGAGUUAACCGACUGUCCGCCCUCAGAAAGCGUCGACGUGUGUGCACCGGGGAUCGUCUCGGAUAUGUGCCUUUAAACUGCAACUUCAGAGACAGGGUCAAACAGGAAUCGGUCGAAGAUCAACGUGACGUUCAGUCAGUGUCAAAACAACGCAAGUCAGAUAAACUUUCCAGAGUGACAAAAAGUAAAAGUGAACAGGAAAAUGGGUCUUUGUUUUGUGCCACAUCUUUGGGGUGGGAUUCAUCCCGUUUUGUCGGAGUUAUUCAAAGUAGAGAGCCCUCUGAAGGACUGCAGCCUCUCUUCCAGGUGAAGCAGCUGACUUCUAGGAUGACACCCUGGACCAGAGGGGCCCUUUCCUCCCACCUGGAAAGCUUCAGGUGCCCACAGCAGCUCAGAACCUUCUGCACUGUCAUUUCAAUUCUAGCAGAGCGAGAUUCAGUGAGGCCGGGUUGUGGACAGAGACUGAGGAGGCUGAAACUACACCCUGCUCCAUCUACAGCAACUAGAAGCUACAGCUGGAGGAGUGGCAGCAGCUCAGAAACUGCUACUCUGCUGUACAGAAGCAGGACGACCUAUUAUGACAUUCUCAACGUGUCCCCUGAUGCCACACAGUCCCAGAUCAAGACAGCUUACUACAAGCAGUGUUUUAUUUACCACCCGGACAAGAACCCAGGGAAUAAGGAGGCCACCCGGCGCUUCUCUGAGAUCAGCGAGGCUUACAUUGUCCUGAGCGACCUCAGCCUGAGGAGGAAGUACGACCGGGGCAUUCUGGGCCAGUCAGACAUCCAAAGCGCAGGGAAACCGUCCUCCAAAGAGAGUGUGAGCAGAUCCACAGGCUCCUCGCAGCCGCAUCAGCAGAGUGCCAGACGGUUCUCUGGAGCCGGAGGAAAGCCUGUGUAUAAUUUUGACGCCUUUUAUCAGGCUCACUACGGGAAGCAGCUGCAGAGGGAGAAGGAGCUGAGAGCCAGGAAGGCGCGCAUGCAGAAGGAGCAGAAGGUGAAUCUCAGCAGAAGGGACCAGCAGAAAAUAAUGGAGGGGACUGUGGCAAUGCUUCUGGCCAUGGCAGGACUGAUUUUUAUCAAUCUCCUAAAGCCCUGAAAUAGAAGCAGCACCCAGACGAGUCCGUUCUGGGGCUGCAUGUUAAGACUCUCUAGGAUGUUACCUCAGACUGCUUUGUAAGUGUUGCACAGUUUCUGACGGUUGGAAAUCAUUUUUUACUAUGGUGCAGCAAUAAACAUACUGUAGGUGUGCUCAUUUUAAGUUAAUUUAGUUUAUCAAUGAUCCUAGUAAGUAUAUAGAUGUCAGGGUUGACAUCUCACAGGAAGAAGGGUCCAGGUGUGAUCCCUUCUGUUCGACUGGAGCCUCAGUCCAGAGUCCAGAGACAUGUGACGUAGGGCAGCUGGUGACUGUAAAUUGCCCCUAGGCAUGAAUGAUUGUCUAAGUGUCAGCCCUGUGAUAGACUGGUGCCCUGUCCAGGGUGUACCCUGCCUCUUGCCCAGCUGAUAUUAACUCCAGCCCCCUUGCAACCCUCUACAGGAUAAGUGGUAUAGAUUACCCGGGUUUUUUGGGGAGGGGGAAUCUGAACACAUCGAAAUGAUCUCAGGGUUGCAGCUGGAGGCCUGCAGGGUUCAGUGACUUUAAACUGUGUGGGAGGACACUGGCGCAUGUUGUGGAGGUCUCAGACUGCACAGAGCUGUUGUAGACAGUAUGUCUGUUUAUUUUGUCAGAGUUGUGUGAAAAUGCCAUUUAGCUGAAACAUCAAAGUUGGGAAAUGUCUGGAAUUAUGUUAUGAGUCUUUAAACUGAAGUGAUCGAUACAAGUCAAGCACUUGAAACUAUGAUCUUUGACUAAGUGUACAGUUUGCAGUAGGGCCUAAUUAUGGAAUUGUGUUUUAUUGAAUAUAAACUGAAACAAAAGAACCACAUGUGACAUUUCUCACCUUUACCAAUAAUAGAGGUGAAUGAAGAGAACAGAGGCAGUUGUACCUCAACAGAGAAAUGCUGUAAAUGCGUAAUCAGAUUAUGUUUGUAACACUAAAGAUGUUUGACUUUUAUGAGCCUUUAAUCUCUGUUUCAGUCUGAGCCCCCUACACUGUGACAUCUCCAAGUGUAUAACUGCAGAAAACAGUUUUUUCACAUUUUAUUCACAGAAAUAUAAAGUAGUAUGUCAAGUACAUCACUUUGUACAAAAUUGCACAGACUCUUCAAAACUCAGACAACAGAAAUUUCAGCUUUAAGAAGUGUUAAGAAAAUAAAAGGGUGGCAUGGGCAAUCUGUGAUAUGUGACAGGUUCCAAUGAAAAUGUUUUAUCAAGAAGAAUCAAUCUAUUGUACAUAAAUAAGACUCAAUAGGCAAAAUGUAAUUUACAACGGCUGAGGAAUAAAUACGUUUCAAAAAUAGGGUUCAAAUUGGCACAUGAACUGCUGCAUCCACUCCUCAACUGAAACCGAAAUUUCACCUUUGAAGCUAAAUGGCCAUGCUUGAUAAAACUGACACUAACUCUUGAUAUGUUUAUUCCAACUGAAGAAAAAUGUUGCAUAUAUCUAAAAUAUUAGCAUUAUAUACAGUAGUUUGCUUGGCUGCUUGCUGCCUGUCUGCAAUGACGAUUUGCAUUUGAGAAGUACGCUUAUUCGCUAUCUUGCCAAGAGUUACAUGAGAAGACGGGUAGCAUUCUAUGAACUGUAGCCUACCAUAAACAUGAAGCUACUGGUGAUUUAGCCGAGCACAAAGAUUCCUGGUUCUUGUUCUGUCCAAAGGUAACAGUCUGUCUACUAGAACCUCUAAAGCUCAUGUUAUGUCUUGUUUGUUUAAUCUGCAGAAAAACCUAAAUGUAAAAAGGACGAACCUGUGCUUUAUGGGAAGUUUUGUGCCAGCAGACUAUUGUCCAGUCUCCACCAAUUACCUGGCCACUGGGCCCAACCAAGAAAUAGUCCAGCACACAACGCUCGCUAACAUGUUGACUUGUCAUUUUUACGCUGUGGUUUCUGUACACUUCAAACUAAGGAGAGAUGUGUUGAUCAGUGAGCUUUAGAGGCACUAGUAUGUGGAUUCUGGACAGAACCAGUCUAACUGCUUUUGCUCUUCAUGCUAAGCUAAUUAGCCAGCUACAGCACUAUGGCUUCAUUAUUGAGAAUCAUGUUAAUUUCAUCAUUUAAGCAAAUAAGCAUAUUUCCCACAUUUUUCCUAGAUUUUUUUUAUUAUAAUGAACGUUAAGGCAUCCAUUCUUAUAGUAACAAAUAUUUUAUGUUAAAAUUUGUACCGUUAAAAGCUUAUGCUCCAUAUCAUGUCAUUGUAAAAUAACGCAGCAGCAUCACACCUUUCCAUUCAAGCAUGGUCAUCUAGUACCUUUUAUUUCACUACCUGUACCAUUUCAGGUCAGACCCAUAAGUUGGGCCUGCAGGCCAUGCAAACAGUACAAAAUACUGCCACCACUCUGAAACACAACUCCCAAGUCCCUCUGAAAAAUUUGGUAUAAUAAAAUCGUCAAGGCAUUAUUUCAAAGUGAACUCCUACAAUAACAGAAUUUUGAAUAUAAAGGUUAGCGAUAAGAUGAACUUGAAUACAGAACCAGUGCCAGGAACCUCAAGAACCGUGUUUGAGAAACAUUACUGUAGCACACCAAUCAUUGAAAAACAUCUGCACUCUAAUACGCCACCACACAUUCAUACAAAUGACAUGGGAGCCACCCUGACAGUUGGACUACUGUUCCAUUUUGAAACUGAUUCAUAGCAUAACAUAUGAUCAUCUGUGUGUAUGGGGAAGCCAUCAAUAAACCUUUGUGAGCUGAACCAUUUCAGUGUGCAGAGAUAUGUGUGUUCAGUGUGGUUUAAGCAGAAACCAACAGUAAAAGAAUUACCUGCAAUUAAUGUCUGGGCUGUUGUGAUUAUAUGAACGGUCAUCAUCGUCCUCAUUGCUAUGGGCAACAGUCUGUUGAAGUCCGAGGGAAAUGUCAGGCACUAAGACCCUUUAGGCUGUACACAUUCAAGGAAAAUAUCUCCACACUAACACUGCCACAGGAUCUCGUCUCUGCUUUUUGCAGACGACAUUGUCCUGUUGGCCCCAUCAAACCAGGACCUCCAGCGUGC